GCCGCUGCCGGGACGAUGGAAGCGAUGGUGGCGCCCGGCGAGGUGCUCAUGAGCCAGGCCAUCCAGCCGGCGCACGCCGACUCCCGCGGGGAGCUGAGCGCCGGGCAGCUGCUCAAGUGGAUGGACACCACCGCCUGCCUGGCGGCUGAAAAACAUGCCGGGAUCUCGUGCGUCACAGCCUCCAUGGAUGACAUUCUGUUUGAGGACACAGCUAGAAUUGGACAAAUUAUUACCAUCCGAGCGAAAGUGACUCGGGCGUUCAGCACGAGCAUGGAGAUCAGUAUCAAGGUCAUAGUACAGGACAAGUUCACUGGCACUGAGAAGCUCCUCUGUGUGGCUUUCUCUACGUUUGUGGCUAAACCAGUUGGAAAAGAAAAGGUCCAUUUAAAACCGGUCCCGCUUCAGACUGAGCAAGACCAAGUAGAGCACAGUCUGGCGUCGGAGAGAAGGAAAGUUCGCCUACAGCAUGAGAACACCUUCAACAACAUCAUGAAGGAAAGCGGCAGGUUUGAUGAUCCCAUUUGCAAUGGUGAAGAAGGAACGGCCACCACCAUGGGCACCUCCGUCCAGAGCAUUGAGCUCGUCCUCCCACCCCAUGCCAACCAUCAUGGAAACACAUUUGGCGGGCAGAUUAUGGCAUGGAUGGAGACGGUGGCAACCAUUUCUGCAAGCCGCCUGUGCCAUGGGCACCCCUUUCUGAAGUCUGUGGACAUGUUUAAAUUCCGGGGACCAUCCGCAGUUGGGGACCGCCUCGUCUUCAAUGCCAUAGUCAACAACACGUUUCAGAACAGUGUGGAAGUUGGAGUGCGUGUUGAGGCCUUUGACUGUCAGGAGUGGGCCGAGGGCCGAGGCCGCCACAUCAACAGCGCUUUUCUCAUUUACAAUGCUGUUGAUGAUCAGGAGGAGGCCAUCAUCUUCCCCAGAAUCCAACCCAUAUCAAAGGAUGAUGUUCGGCGUUAUCAGGGAGCUAUCGCAAGAAGGAGAAUUCGCCUAGGCAGGAAAUACGUUAUUUCCCACAAAAAAGAAGUUCCACUCAACACACAAUGGGAUAUAAGCAAAAAGGGAUCCCUAAGUAAUGCCAAUGUGGAAGCUCUUAAAAAUUUGGCAUCCAAAAGCGGUUGGGAGAUUACCACCACCUUGGAGAAGAUCAAAAUAUAUACCCUGGAAGAACAAGAUGCCAUAUCUGUUAAGGUUGAGAAGCGUGUUGGCAGUCCAGCACACACGGCUUAUCAUCUCUUGUCCGACUUCACAAUGAGACCUUUGUGGGACCCCCAUUACAUAUCCUGUGAAGUCAUAGACCAGGUGAGUGAGGAUGACCUGAUAUAUCACGUCACCUGUUCUGUGGCGAAUGGAGACAAACCCAGAGACUUCGUAGUUCUUGUGUCACGAAGAAAGCCUCUCAACGAUGAUAACACUUACACUGUAGCAGUGAAGUCGGUUUCUCUGUCGUCCGUCCCGCCAUAUCCACAGUACAUCAGAAGCGAGGUCAUAUGUGCUGGGUUCCUCAUCCAGGCUGUGGACAGCAGUUCAUGCACCGUAGCGUACCUGAACCAGAUGUCAGACAGCAUCCUCCCUUACUUUGCUGGCAAUAUUGGUGGCUGGUCAAAAUCCAUUGAGGAAGCUGCCGCCGCUUGUAUAAAAUUCAUAGAGAAUGCUGCUCAUGAUGGACUUAAAAGUGUGUUAUAAAUGGUCAGCUCUCCAUUACCUGUAAUUUAAUUUCCCAGGCUUAAUUCCAAGUGUCCUUCGCCCUUUCAAAGCCGAGGCAAGCUUUGGGGCCAUACAAUGAUUUAAUGGCAGCCUAAGCAAGAUGCAGUUAAGAAGAUAUUAAAAACCAGCGUGUGUUCUGGUGAUUUGGAUUCAAACUACAAGACCUCUAAAACCCCAUUGUACAGACAUUGGGAAACUGCCUGGACGCAAUAUUGCAUGAUCUAUAAAAUGUCACAAAGUUAGUGAAAACUCUCACGGACAUCUCCAGAUUACAGAAAUCCAGUGUGUAUUCUGCAAUGACAGGUUUAUAAAAUGUGAACCGAUGGCAGGCUUCAAGCUGACGGGUGUUUAAUAUCGUUCCAUGGGCAGCAGAUGUCUCUGUCAGGGGUCUCUGGGAAGAUGUAUUCCAUGUUUUAGAACUUUAAAUUAGGAGGCAUUAAAACAUAAUGGAAUUCAAUCAA